AGAAAAAGCAGAGAGGAGUCGCUCCACCAUAGAAAGAGAACCUUCUGCGGUCAGGGGGUUACGGACCCUACGGUGUUUCGGUGAAUCGCAAUCGGAGACCAUAUAGAAGGAAUUAAUGGAAGUAAAGCAACUUCUCAAAGAAAAGAAGUUCUGGUUUGCAUCUAUCCUAAUAAUUUGGGCUGCCGGUCUUCAGGGUCACAUGAUGUGGUUACAGAGGCAGGACUCCUUCAAGCAGAAGUUUGGGGACCUUGACCAAAACACUGACAGUGAUGCUUAGAAAUGACCCAGUAACUUUUUUGCUACUCAGAGUCCUUAUCAAAGCAAAGCUUCGUGAGGAAAGCUCGGUGAAAUUGAGUUCGAAAUGUGUAUGUGAAGAAAUUAAGAUCCUUUGUCCCAAAACUUCCUUGAUUUGAUUGAAUUUUUUUUAGUUUGAGACUUGGAGGGUAUGAUUUUAACUGAAAUAUUUUACUGGUAUCCCAUGAUGGUUUACCUUGCUCAACUCAAAAGUAUGGGAUGAUUGCUGAGAAUAAUUAGAUAUGCUUUAUGUAAAGAAGCUUCAUAUCUAAUGUGGGAAUUUUUUUUGUGAAAGGGCUUUAAUGCUUUAUGCUCA